AUGAGUGGUCUGUCGUGUUAUCGUCGGGUCAACCAAUGGAUGGUAUUCUCGAGACAAUGGUCUAUAUAUGACGCCAAAUGGCAGGACGUGUUUGAUUCGGCAGAACUCGUGGCCCGACAUCUUCACGGGCGCCACAAACCCAUCUACGAUCCGGACCAGGAUUUCGGGGACCACGUGGUCGUCAUAAACGCCAAACACGUGGCGAUGCCGGGCGACGAGUGGCGGUACCGCUACUACUAUCACCACACCAACUAUGCCCGGGGCAAACACUGGGCCCCCGCACACGCCCUCCACAACAAAGACCCCACUCUUGUCUUAUAUAAAGCCAUAUAUAAAGCCGUCGGAAAUAUUAGACUCAAACGACAGGAAAUGAUCGCUCGCUUACAUAUGUAUCCCGAAGAAGCGGUUCCCAAACAUAUCCUUCAGAAUGUUUCGGAUCAGAUCAGACAACUCCGUCCCCUUUCCAAACGCGUCGAUGAGUUCACCGAAGAAGAGGUGAAAGAGUUUCCUAAGAUUUUCGAUUAUCCCGAAGACUAUGCCAUCAAAUAA